CAUUCUGUUUCAGAUUCCAAAGAGUUACAGAGUUGUCGUUGUCAGCCGGGUGUAAGAGUUUUGUUUGUUUAUUGUUUACACAAUCUAGUUAUUCAAUUUAAAUCUAUGCUCUCUUGAGAUUAAUUUGAUGGCACAUCACUACGUAGACAAUGUAUGUACGAAAGCUUUCACUCCAAGAGAAUAUCAGGUGGAAUUGUUGGCUGCUGCAAAGGAACGUAACAUUAUUGUUUGCUUGGGGAACGGACCAAACAAGGUGUUCAUAUCACUAAAACUUAUUCAAGAGCUUGCUAAUGAAAUUAGAAGACCAUACAGAAAUGGAGGCAAGAGGACAGUGUUCAUCAGCAGCUCUGCUGCUAGUGUCCAUCAGCAUGCUCUCUCAGUGCAACACUUGACCGACCUGAGCGUAGGAGAGUAUCAUGAAGUUAGUGAAUCUUUGGAUCUGAAGACUCAUCAGGUUUUGGUAAUGACGAGUGAAGUGGCUUUGGCUUUCCUUCUGAACAGUAAGCUGAAAGUGUCAGACAUGAACCUGCUGAUUCUGGAUGACUGUCAUCUCGCUAUCAGAGAACACCCUAUGCAACAAGUAAUGGAAGUGUUGUGGCGGUGUGGAGGGGAACCAAGAGUGCUAGGGCUAACAUCUCCUCUAGUGCCAGGGCCGGGGGGAGCAGAGCCAGGCAGACUGCAGGCAGAGAUACAGAGACUAGAGACUGUGCUGCAUUGUACUGCUGAGACUGCCAGUGACAUUGUCUCAAUACUGAGGUAUGGUGCCAAACCAAAAGAAGUUGUUUUAGAAUGUGGAAACUAUGAAGGUUCAGAACUUAGUUUGUGUUUGGAAGAUCAACUUAAAAGUACAUCGGAAUUUUUAGAAGAUCAUCGAUAUGAUCCUUCUGAAAUCUAUGAUGAAGAAUAUAUGGAUGAUUUGAUGAAUAUUCCCAACCCUAAGGAAGAUCCAAACAUUAUUCUUCAAGAUUUUCUUUACAUUUUAUCAACAAUGGGGCCCUGGUGUGCAGACAAAGCUGCUUUAGUACUACUCAUUCAUAUUGAAAAACUUAAGGUUAAGACGCCAUAUGAACGCCAUUUUCUCCUUUUAUGUAUGGUGUCAUCAGUGUUGCUCAAAAUAAGAGCUAUUUGUGAUCAUUCAUUUCAAGAAUAUGAAGAAAAAGAUAAAAUAUAUAAGUUUUCUUCGCCUAAAGUACUUAGAUUACUAGAAGCAGUUUCAAACUUCAAAUCAAAAGUGCAACCAAUGGAAACAAACAGUGUAGAUAUUGAAGGGUCUGAUUGUAAGCUACAUCCAAAUAACAUGGUCAAAUCGAGCAGUGAAUUAAACACAGAAUCUAGUAUUGUAAAAGUGGAACCAGUAGAAAAAAACAAUAUUGAUAUUGAACAGUCUGAUUUUAAGCUACAUCCAAAUAACAGGAUCAAAUCGAGCAGUGAAUUAAACACAGAAUCUAGUAUUGUAAAAGUGCAACCAGAGGAAGCAAAUAGUAUAGAUAUUGUAGGGUCUGAUUGUAAGCUACAUUCAAAUAACAUGGCCAAAUCGAGCAGUGAGUUAAACACAGACUCUAGUAUUGUAAAAGUGCAACCAGAGGAAGCAAAUAGUAUAGAUAUUGUAGGGUCUGAUUGUAAGCUACAUCCAAAUAACAUGAUCAAUAACAUGAUCAACAGUGAGUUAAACACAGAUUCUAGUACUGUAAAUAGUCAGUCGGACAUAUUGGUGAAUGGCUGUGAUCAGUCAUCAAAUAAUCAAAAUCAUACCUUAGAAAGCGAUCAAAUUUUAACUGAAGUUAUUGAUUGUUGUUCAGUCAGCAAAUUUCUAGAUAAUGAUGAAAACCCCUACCUUGAGUUGAGUAAUAAUAGUUUGGAACCUGUGGAUAGCUUUAUCAUAGAUAAAAAUGUAAGUAGUCUAAAAGAGACAACUAAUGUGAUAGAUAAAACAGCUCAAUUAGGUGUUGUAUGUGAAAAUGUGCAUAUCAAUGAAGAUGUCCAUUGCCAGUGCAAAAGUACCAAAGAAAACUUAGUUAAUAGUGAAUAUUCUGACUCAACCUCACUAAAAGAUAAUACAGCCAGUAACAAAGUUGUUAGUGAUGAGAAAGGAAAAUCCAACAAGACUGGCCAAGAAGAAGUGGAGGGGGUGGGAAGAGGAGGUCGAUGGCGUGGUAAAGGGAGAGGUUGGAGAUUUCAAAAGAAAAAUUUCACAUCCACAAGGUCGAACAGAACUGGCUCUCAAGAAGACGUAGAAAACUUGUGUGCAAUAAUAUUUGUAGACAAUCCAUUUACUGCCAAAAUUCUCUUUCAUCUUUUCAAUGAACUUCGUAAGUGUGAUCCAGAUUUUGGAUUUAUAUCUCCGCAAUACACUGUUAGUAAAAUAGCUAACCCAAUAACAGAGCCAAGAGAAGCAGAAAUCGAACAUCGAAAACAAGAAGAAGUGCUAAAAAGAUUCCGAAUGAGAGAAUGUAAUUUGCUGAUAUCCACUUCAAUUCUAGAAGAAGGCAUUGAUUUGCCUAAAUGUAAUUUAGUGGUUCGCUAUGAUGUGCCAAAACACUACCGCUCCUAUGCUCAAUCCAAGGGCAGAGCAAGAACACAAGAUUCACACUACAUCAUGAUGACAGAACAACAAAACACUGUCAACUUUAUAUCAGACUUGGCACAAUUCAUUGAAAUAGAAAGAAUGCUACUGGCUCGUUGCACCAACUGUGAGCCCUCAGAUGACGAGGAAGUAGAUGCUGACAAAUACAGUCAGUGUGUCCCAGCUUUCUGUCCUGGAGAGUUCCCAGUCACUAUCAGUUCCGCCAUUGCUCUCGUUAACAGAUACUGUGCCAAGUUACCAAGUGACACGUUCACUCGUCUGACCCCACUCUGGACUUUACAUCCUAUUCACUACCUAGGCACUUGUAUGUUCUACUGUUCUGUCAGACUUCCUAUCAAUUCUCCAGUUAAGCAGGACAUUAUUGGUCACCCCAUGCCGACUGCAGUGCUGGCCCAGCGAGUGGCAGCAAUAGAGACUUGCCGAGUGCUACAUGAGGCUCGGGAGCUGGACGAUAACCUACAGCCCAUUGGCAAGGAGAGUUUCCACAGCCUGGAGGAAGAGGAGGAUCAGGAGGAGGAGGUGGUGGCAGCUGAUUCCCUGGAGCCUCGACCCGGCACCACCAAGCGCAGGCAGUACUACUACAAGCGAAUUGCGAGUUCGCUGAGCAACUGCCGGCCUAUGAUGGGGCAACCUGCCCGACUCUACCACCUAGAGAUGGUGUUGACCUGCCCUUUGCCUGAAGAGCAGAAUACUCGAGGCCGCAAACUGCACCCACCAGAGGAUGCUCCUCAAGGAUUUGGAAUUCUUACUUUAAAAACAAUCCCAAAAAUCUGCCCAUUUCCAAUCUUCACGAGAUCAGGUGAAGUGAGGGUGAGCCUUGAACUGAGACAGGAGGAUCUGUUGUUGACUGAGGAACAACUGGAGAUGAUUGCUGCCUUCCUCAACUACACAUUUACCAGUGUAUUGCGCUUGCAGAAGUACCUCAUGCUCUUUGAUCCCAACGCUUCAGAAAAUUCUUACUUGAUUGUACCUACCAAAAAAGGUGAUAACAAUGUUGUUGUGGAUUGGGAUUUUCUUCAAUUAAUCUAUGCUAGAAGGGAAGAAAUGCCACAUAUUAUACCAGAUAAAGACAGAGAAUGUUUUACAUUUGAUGCUGCAAAGUAUCAUGAUGCAGUUGUGAUGCCCUGGUAUCGAAAUCAAGACCAGCCUCAGUAUUUCUACGUGGCAGAAAUAUGCAGUCACUUGAACCCAAAAUCUUCAUUCCCCGGAUCUGAUUACCAGACAUUUGAGGAGUAUUACCAGAAGAAGUAUGGGAUCACAGUCCAGAAUAGUUCUCAACCACUACUGGAUGUGGACCAUACCUCUGCUCGACUCAACUUUCUCACCCCACGAUAUGUGAAUCGUAAAGGUGUUGCCCUACCAACAAGCAGUGAGGAGACAAAGCGUGCAAAACGAGAAAAUUUAGAACAGAAACAGAUACUUGUACCAGAGUUGUGCAUGAUUCAUCCUUUCCCAGCCAGUCUGUGGCGACAAGCUGUGUGUCUGCCAUGUGUUCUGUACCGUAUUAAUGCCUUGUUGCUAGCAGACGAAAUCCGUACCACAGUAGCCCGAGACAUCGGCCUCGGUCAGCUCGUACUGCCUUCAGAUUUUGAGUGGCGUCCAUUGGAUUUUGGUUGGAGUUUGGCAGAUGUUCUUAAAAAAUCAAAAGAAGAGAAUGAAAAAAAUGCAGCUAUUUCUAAGACAAAAACAAAUGUAAAAGUAACAGAGUUGUUUGAAGAUGAAGUCAAAAGUAGUGUAAAUUCAAUAGAUGAUAUCGAUGAGUGUGAUGACAAUUCAGACAAGGAUGAGAAUGGAGAGAAGGAUGAGUCAUGGAUGGAAAUAGGGACCUGGUCAAACGAAAUGGCUGAGUUUGGGGAUUGUUUGGAUUCCAAUUCUAAAAUAUCAUCAAAUAUGUCAUUGGUGCGCUACGGUUCUCCAACCAGCUGGGACUAUGGAGGUGUAGGAGAGGGCACAGAGUUGUGUCUGUACGACUCUGAUGUAGAGUCGGACCUGAGCAGUGAUGGGGAUGCCGAUUCAACAUCUGGACAAUCAUCAGACAGCCAAGGGGUGGCAGCAACACGGCGAGGGUUGCGCAUCACUUUCAAGGGGGACUACUUGGCAGAGGCUGAGGAUGAUGACUUUGUGGAGGGUGACACAGAAAUUCCACAGGUGGAUUGGCAAUGGCAAGAGAACAAUGUUGUCGAUCUUGAAAUGGAAGUGGAACGAGAAAUUGAAAAGUUUGAGCAAGCCACAGAGCAUCACAAGUACGUUAUUAUGAAUAGCGGAAUGUUGGUGCACAAAGACAGUUCUUUCAUCAUCAGCUCAGACAAUGCAAGGGACCAAAUGGCAAGCAAAGCUGAGACAAGGGAGCUGGGGUUCCAGGUCACCGGCUAUGGAAUGCCACCAGAUCUCCUAACUGAGGUGGCUGUACCUCCCAUGUCUCCUGGAGAUUCUGCCCUGGACUCUGAUUAUGACACCACUUCAGAUGUUUGGUCAGACAAUGGAAAAGAGGAGGAUGGAGAUUUUAGUUUUGACGCUCAGCCAGACCUAGAGCAUCACCCCGGUCCUAGUCCCAGCCUGCUGUUGCAAGCUCUGACCAUGUCUAACGCUAAUGAUGGAAUCAACUUGGAACGCCUUGAAACUAUUGGAGAUUCAUUUCUCAAGUAUGCCAUCACAACUUAUCUCUACUGUGCCUACGAAGCUGUACAUGAAGGGAAACUUAGCCAUCUUCGAUCCAAGCAGGUGAGUAACCUAAACCUCUACAGGUUGGGGAAGAGGAAGCAGUUUGGGGAGAGUAUGAUAGCUACAAAGUUUGAACCUCAUGACAAUUGGCUGCCUCCGUGUUAUCUGGUGCCACGAGAGCUGGAGAGGGCACUGAUAGAAGCGGGGCUGCCAGCGUGUUUGUGGAACCAGGCAGAGAUACCAGCCCUGCGCAAUCUUACGCGUGACCAAAUUAUAUCAGCUGUGAGGGAACGGAUGGCAGGCAUCACGGACGACUCAGGAAUGGAGGACCUACCUUGCUUUGUGCCUUACAACCUCAUCACUCAGCACAGUAUUCCAGACAAGAGCAUUGCAGAUUGUGUUGAGGCACUCAUUGGAGCAUAUUUGAUUGCGUGUGGACCGCGAGGUGCCCUGCUGUUCAUGUCAUGGCUUGGUAUAAGAGUCUUGCCAUGUGAUGGUACCUCUUCAAGUACACCAAGUACACCUCUCCAUGGUCAUUCUGCCAACAACCAGUUGAGAUAUGGAUAUCUGAAGUCACCCAAAUCACCCUUGCUCCGCCACGUUCGUGACCCUGAGGGGGAGUUGAAUCAGCUGCUGGAUGGGUUCAGUGUGUUUGAACGUAAACUCAACUACCGUUUCCAAGAUCGCAGUUAUCUACUCCAAGCUAUGACACAUGCAUCCUACUCUCCAAACAGACUAACUGACUGUUACCAACGCCUUGAGUUUUUGGGUGAUGCUGUCCUAGACUAUCUGAUAACAAGACAUCUCUACGAAGACAAGCGUCAACAUUGUCCGGGAGCCCUCACGGAUCUACGCUCUGCCCUCGUUAACAACACUAUCUUCGCCUCGUUAGCCGUCCGCCAUGGGUUCCACAAAUUCUUCCGUCAUCUCUCUCCUGGGCUGGCCGAAGUCGUUGAGAGAUUUGUUCGUAUUCAGGAGGAAAACUCCCAUGCCAUCAGUGAAGAAUACUAUCUGAUCGGAGAAGAGGAGUGUGAGGAGGCCGAGGAUGUGGAAGUGCCUAAAGCUCUGGGAGAUGUUUUCGAGUCGGUAGCUGGUGCAAUCUUUCUAGACAGUGGCAUGUCUCUAGAUGCUGUUUGGAAAGUUUAUUAUCGUAUGAUGAAAACUGAAAUAGAACAAUUCAGCACCAAUGUUCCAAAAUCACCUAUCAGGGAGCUUCUUGAAUUAGAACCUGAAACUGCUAAAUUUGGAAAACCAGAGAAAUUGGCGGAUGGACGAAGAGUACGAGUAACAGUAGAAGUGUUCGGUAAAGGUGUGUUCAAAGGCAUUGGUCGCAACUACCGGAUAGCCAAAUGUACUGCGGCCAAGUGUGCUCUCAAACAGCUCAAGAAGCGUGGACUGUUGACGAGGAAACUUAACAAUAACCAGCACUGGUGAGAGGAACUCUUCUGACACCCACUGUAGAAGUGUUCGGUAUAGGUGUGUUCAUGGGCAACAGUCGCAACUACCGGAUAGCCAAAUGUACUGCGGCCAAGUGUGGUCUCAAACAGCUCAAGAAGCGUGGACUAUUGAGGAAACUUAACAAUAACCAACAUUGAGAAAAACUCUCCUCACACACCAUAGAAGUACUUAUCUGUAGCUUUACAAUUAGGACUUCCUGAUCAACUCUCAUUAGUUGUAAGUGACAUAAUACAAAAAAAUCUGGUUUCGAAGAUGUUGUUAUGAAAGACCAGUUACUUGCUUGUGUCAUUUUUACCAUUUCAUUAUAUAAAGAAUCAGUAUUCUUAUUGUUACAGCAUCUCAAAAUGUAGGAUAUUGUUGGUGAUUGUGAUUGCCUACUUAUAUUGUUACUAUAUCAUGUUAGCAUGGUAGUUAAGUUGUAAUUACUUUUGAUAUUCAUCAAGGGGUCAUAUUUAAAGUUGUUAUUUAUUAUUUUUAUUCAGCAUUAAUUAAUAACAUUUUAAUCCUCAGCAGCAAAUCGACUGAAUGAAUAUGAAGAUCUUUUUACAAUUACAAAACAAAAUGAAAGUGCUAUCAGAAUUUCACUAGCAAACUUAGUGAACUCAUUGUACCUAAAAUACAAUGUAAUUAUCAUAGAAUAAUAAGUUAUAAUUGUUCAAAUAAUGUGUUUGAAUUUGUUUGUUAUAUUGUUUCAGUAUAUUUGUUUAUUUACACUCUGAGCCCAGUAACGGUCGGGAGGGUGUAAAAAUUGCCUUUAUAGAGUACAGUAAAAUCAACACCCGGGAUUCUGAGGCUUAUUUGACAAUGUCUGAAUAGUUAAAAUGUUAAUCCUCUGAACUCCAGGUGAAGAUCCUUUACUAUUACAUUUCCGGUUCAGUAUAAUUAUUGCUCAGGUCCAGAGAAUUAUAGUUGUGCAUCUGUUUAAACUGUUAUUUUGUAAUAUAUUAAUUAAAAUUGAACUUAUGAGAGUUAAAGAUAUACUUUUUAAAUCAAGGCUGCAGAAAGAAUCCAAAUUGUUGGUAUUUAUAACAUUUGUUUUUAGAUUUUAAGUGUAUGAUAUUGUAUGUAUGUAUAGGUAUUAAUACAGAACAUUCUUUCACAAUUUCAUACUUGUUAAAAAACUACUCACUAUAUUUACUUUUGGAGAAGUAACUUUUUAAAAAUUAGAAUAUCAUUGGAUUCUGUAUUAAAAAGUGUAUUUUUAUCUCAAUGCAGAAACAUUUUUUUAAUACGUUUUACAAGAUUUUUACAUUAUUUUUAGUAUUAACUGAUUAGUAAAAGCUUUCAGUAAGUUCUCUAAAGCAAUUCUUUUGUAAGCACCACUUUGAAACAAAUCCGUUUAAUCAUAGGUAUUCAAGAUAUUUUACUUCAUACCGGUACCUACCAGGAGUUUUGCCUAGUGAUAAAACAGUUUUUAUUUCAUUUGGUACUUCAAAGAUAUGAUUCCAAUCCAAACAGCAAGUUCACUAAGUUUGUUAUUGCAAUAAAUAUUUAUACUUAUUUAGAUGUUAUUUUUACAGAUUUGUAUUAUAAGCCUUGUCAUAUUAUGAAGUUUAUGAGUUGGAGAUUAAAACUAAUUUCUUUUAUAUUAAAAUUUGUUAUUGUUGUAAAACAUUGAUAAAUCCAUAACAUAAUAAAAUGUAGAUGAUUUUUGUUCCUAUAAUACAUUGAUAUUUUAUUAUAUCUGUUUGAAAUUAGACAACUAAAACAUUAUUUUUAAGUUCUAUUGAAACACUUUACCAACCUUGUAGUAAUUAUAAGUAUGUUUUAUUGUUUAAAAAUUAUGUUUUUUUCUUAUACAAAUGUUGAUUGAUAGUAGAUUAGUCUUAUCAAGUAGAUUAUUAUAAAGAAUUACAUUCAGUCGAGUUAAUGCUAUGGUUUUGAGUAAAAGAUGUAACAAUAAAUACUUUAGCAUGCCACCGACUGCAUAUUGUCUUGUGCAGAUCAAAUCCGACUUUAAUAAACAAUACACAGGGAACAUUAAAAUUCAGUUGUUAUUUUAUAAAUUUGAUUUGUAUUAUAAUUUAAAGAGAGUGGUAAAUUUAAUCAAAGACUAAUUAAUUAUAAGUGUUAUUACCAAAUUAGUGACAUGACUUAACAAUGAUUAAAGGUAAAUAUAUUACAUCCACUAAUACUUUUAAACUUGGGAUAUUAGUUACUAGUCAUCAAUAUUAAAUGUAUCUGUAUAAGGUUGCUCAUAUCUCUGAUAAUUAUUUAUUGGAUUUUUCUAGCACAUGUCUGAAUUAUAAGGUAUACUACAUCUGCUUCCCUGUGGAAUUCACUGGUUAUAUGUCAUUACUUGAGUUUUUGCAUGCUUACAUACUCGUAGUGAGUCCUUUCAUAUAAUGUUUGAAGACAUGACAAGCAAGUUACUGAGUCGUAGGGAUUACAGUACUGAUGCUUUCUAAUUGAGUUGGUAAUGUUAUUUAUUGUUUUAAAAUAAGAAUACAUACAAAGGCUCUUAUUUACUGUUAGAUACCUAGUAACGAACUCCAAUGUUGUAAUUGUAAUAAUAUUGCUUUUAGUGUCACUUAUAAUGUAAGUACGUAUUACUAAUGUUACAGUACAUUCUGUUUUAAAAUGUUGUAAAGCAUUUUUCUCCACUAUGUUUUUGUAUAAAUUUUAUUUGAGAACGACAUAGCUUUAUAGUUAAAAAAAAUACUAAGACAUACAAUAAGUAAUUUUAUUUUAAAACAAAGAGUUUGUUAUUUUAUAUGUAUUUUAUUUUAUAGAAUAUUUUAGUUAUUUACAAAUAUAUAAAUAUAUAUUCGAGUAAUUUUUGGAGAGUUGCAAGUUUUAAGUUACUUUUAAACAUUAAAAUGAGACAGGCACUAAUAUGCUAUAUAAUUUGCUGUAACAAUUAUGUAACACAGAGCAUAAGACUAAAACAUGAUGACAGACUUGUACAGGUUUUCACAUGCAAUAUUGACUCUUAAUUUAACUAUAAAUUGCUUUUGUUUUGCUGUAAAUAUGAUUUACGGAUUUCAACAUUCUUAUGAUUAUAUAGCCAUAAUAUUUGUUCAGCACUGCUUUUAAUACUAAUAUAUAUACUGUAUAUAUAUAUACAGUAUCCAAAAAACUCUUUAUAUGUUAAAUCGAUACAAACAAGCAAUUUUGAAUCAAAAGAAUGGGUUCUGAUUUUUAGUUCUUUCUCCAAAAUAAUAAUAGAUACAUUUAACUGUUAUUAUUAAAGGAUAUGAUUGAAAAUCCUCUGGAUGUAGAAUUUAGUAAAGAAUGAAAGCAAACUACAUUAAAUUCCAAGGCUUAAGGCUGAGGAACAUUUACCUUUCAAGUAUCUCUCCAAAUUCAGAUGUGCUGAGUCUGUUAAAUUGUACUGCCUCUUACAUUCAUAUUGUUGCCGAUAAUGAUAAGAAUAUAAAUCUCAAUGUGAUGAUUGGUUGGUGGCAUUUUUGUGUGUUGUUUUGGUUCAUUUGCUGUCUGUCUGCUAACUUGAAUCUCUAUGAGGUUACAUGAAAGUAGUGAAAGUAGUCACUGUUCCGGAAUAUUUGUUUUUAGCCUUUGUAUUCUGUAAUAAUUGUAGAAAAAUAUUUCACAUGUAUGAGUGAGCACUUCUCAUAACGGGUCAAAAGUUAUAUUAGCUUGUAGAGUUUUCAUGAUCUAACAUUACUGUUCUGUAAUUGAAGUAUAAAAAAUAUUUGAUGUAAAUCAUCAUCAAGAAAAUGAUUGUUAUUUUAAUAAUCUCGUAUUUUCUUUGUUUUUUUUUUAUCACACUAAAAUCUAUCAUAUACUUUUUUUAUUGAUUCCUUGAACCAUGAAUAGAAUGUGCUAUAUUAUAAAAUGCAAAGUCGAAGCUUUUAUUGCUUUCGGGUACUCUACAGUCUGGUCUGUCACCAUCUUUAAAAACAAAAGUCCUCAGUAUAUAUGUCCAUACCAACAGUCUCAGAUUGUCAGUCAACAAAAGAAAAUUAUUUAGUGGAAAAUAAUUGUAUUAGUUGAUUGUGCCCUCAUUGUGAAACUCGAAUAAUGUUUCUUGCAUCUCUCUAAAUACAGUAGUUGUUUUAUUUAGUGUCCUUCAAUAAAUAUGAAAUAUUAUCCAAUAAUAUUAUUGCCAUAUAUAUGUAGUCUAAUUGAUUAGAUCAGUGGUGCCAAGUCACAGGAUCCAAGCUGUGUUUUUUGGUGUGAAUUGGCAACACUAUCGUGUUGAUGUGUGAAAUAACUGGUUUGAAUACUUCACAGAAAAAUUUGCAAUUUGUUUACAAUAAAAGUCAUGAGCAAAAGUCUAUAAUCCUUAUUUUUCUGUCCCAAAUGCAAUAAUACGGUAAUUAGUACAAAACAGUUGAAGUAAGUUGUUAGCUCUUGAUGAUUUAAGAUUAGAGUUUAAAGAAUGUAAAACGUAUAGUUAAAUUAUAAAAGUUUUGAUAUUACCAGGGAAUACCAAUAGCCUUCAUUUUACUAUGUCCUCCAACAUGUGACCCCAGCGUGUGGGAUGGCAAAACUAUCAAGAACCAAUUACAUCACCGCUUUCCUUCAAUGAAGUGUAUUGCCUUAAACAGUUUCUUAGGUUAAAUUGAUCCAAUUCAAUAUUUUAAAUUGAUGGUAAUUUUUUGUAUAGUCUAGAUCUAAUAUAAAAAUUGAAAGUGUUUAUGCACAUUUAUUGUCCAGUUCUUUCACACAUUCAACUUGUUUUAAAAAUAAGUAUUCACCACUUUUAAGCGAUAAAAUGUAGCAGCUCCUGUAAUAAUAUAAAAACCAACUGAUUUUAGUAGAUAUGAUUUUAGGCUGUGUACUGUCAAGGGUAUAACUGUACAUUGAUGUCACUCUACAGCAGGCUGAACUGUGGUUUUCAGUUGUGAGUGGCAGCAGUGUCAGGUCAGUGUUGCCAUUUCACACUAGUCGGACUGUAGUGUCGGCUGUGAGAUGGUAGCAUUGACUUCUUGUCUUUGUCUGCAAAUCUGUGAUAGUCACUGCAAUGUUUCAAGCAUUUAUCAUAAUUAUUACCUGUACCAAAAUGAUUUAUAAAACAUCAAUAAUUAUUGAAUAGUGUUAUUAUUUUUAAUUCUACUUAGUGCCUUUUUUGUUAUUUAUACUUUAUCUAAAUCAACACUGUUAUUGUUGUCUUUAUUGUGUGGAAAUUGUGCAUGAACUGGCUAGAAUAAUAUACUAAUUAUUAUUAUUAAUUGCUAUUCAGUUUAGUUUCUAAGUGAGUGAAUAUGUUUUGUGUACCUACUAGUACCGUCAUAAUGUUUUGAAAUAUUUGUAAUGGAGUGCUGUUAAUAAUUAAAAUGUCAUUUUAGAGUGUGUGUGGUUUUA